AUGCGUAACUUUACGAGGAUCCCGCUUUGCCGCUCCCCCUCUGGGAAAUGCCUGAGGAAGAGUGCACACCUGGCCGGGAAGUACCCGUUCCGCUUUAACAAGGCCCACAUAAAAACGCUGCACAACUUCCUAGACGUCCUAGAAUUCGAAGAGGGGAAAGAAGACGAUACGGAGUACAGACGAAUCGAUGAGCUAAGCAAAUACAUUGAAGUUGUCAAAAUUAAGGACAGCCCAAUUAACGAAAGUAAGUACUAUGGAUACAACUUCGAAAAUGAAGAUAAUUUUUUUCACCCCAAUGGAGAAUUGAAAAAGUUACCUGAACAGGUUAGGCAAAAUGAAGAACAAAUAAAAGAGUACAUACAUGUUCCCCCAUUCGUUUUAACGAAAUUAUGCGAAUAUGCAUUUAAAGAAAUUUUAUUUUUUUUAAAUAAAAAACAUUUGAAGCAAUUGAGUAAUAUAUUGAAGGAUGGGGAGUCCAGCAAGAACGACAAGUAUGUUGCCAUGACUUUAAUUAAAAAUGCCGUGAUCAGUGCUGAGCAGAAUUUGCCUGGAUGCCAGGACACAGGGACGGCCAUCAUCCUGGGCAAAAAGGACGAGGAAAUAUUAACCACUUACGAGCACAAGUAUUUGAACUUGGGCGUUUACAAUGCGUAUCGGAAUAAUAAUUUUCGAUACAGCCAGCUGUCUCCCCUGAGUAUGUUCAGCGAGGAAAAUACAAAAAACAACUUGCCGUGCCAGAUUGAGAUUUACAGCUCCGUGCGUGGGGGGAAGGCGCCCACUGUAACCACACCACCGGGGGUGCAGGCGUCUGCAACGUUUGCAACGUCUGCCCCGUCUACCGCGUCCACCGUUUCCACCACUCCCACUGUGUGCUCCCCCAAGUAUGAACUGAUCUUCAUCGCCAAGGGGGGAGGAAGCGCAAACAAGACCUUCCUCUUCCAGCAAACCAAGAGCAUCCUGAACGAAGACAAACUCUACGACUUUCUCCUAGAAAAAAUUAAAGAAAUAGGAACGUCCGCAUGCCCCCCAUACCACUUGGCAGUAGUCAUUGGAGGACUGUCUGCUGAAAUGAAUUUAAAAGUAGUUAAAUUAGCAUCGUGCAGGUACUUGGAUAAUUUGAAGAAGAAAGGGGGGGGAUAUGGAAAAGCAUUCCGAGAUACAAAGAGUGAGGAGAUUAUCUUGCAGAAGGCACAGGCACUAGGUAUAGGUGCUCAGUUUGGGGGCAAGUACUUUGUGCAUGACGUGAGAGUGAUCCGUCUGCCAAGGCAUUCUGCUUCCUGUCCUAUUGGUAUUGGCGUUUCUUGUUCAGCUGACAGGCAAAUAAAGUGCGUCAUUAAUAAAGAGGGGGUAUUCAUGGAGGCACUGGAACAUGAACCGAUAAAGUACCUCCCUGAAAUUACUUACAAGGAUUUGAAGCAGGUCGGGGGGGUUGUCACGCGAACUGGGGGGGAUGAUCACCCAGGAGGAAAGGAAACAGGAGGAGGACUACCAGGGGAAGAACUACCCGGGGAAGACCUGUCAGGAGAGGGAGGCGUACCCAUCAACCUUAAUCAGCCCAUGGAAAGCAUCCUCAAAUGUCUGUCCGAGCAUCCAGUGUCGACGCUGCUACUCCUAUCGGGCAAAUUAAUAGUCGCCAGGGACACAGCCCAUAAAAGAAUAGUGGACGACUUUGUCAUGAAGGGAAUACCCAUCCCAGAGUACUUUAAAAAGUUUCCAAUUUACUAUGCAGGCCCUGCGAAAACGCCGGAUAAUUACGCCAGUGGAUCUUUUGGACCCACCACAGCUGGCCGUAUGGACGCCUAUGCUGAAGUACUUAUGAAGAAUGGGGCUUCCCUAAUUUCGCUAGCCAAAGGGAAUAGGUCAUCCGUUGUAAGGAACGCAUGUAAGAAAUAUCAUGGGUUUUAUUUAGGUAGUAUUGGUGGCCCUGGUGCCAUUUUGGCCAAGAAAAAUAUAAAGAAAGUGGAGGUGAUUGACUUUGCGGAGCUCGGGAUGGAGGCCGUGCACCUCAUCGACGUGGUCGACUUCCCGGCCUUCAUCGUCAUAGACGACAAGGGAAACGAUUUCUACAACAAGUGGAUCCCCCAGUAA